AUGGCUGUUGUCAAACGAUUAUUUAUAAAAGCUUCAAAUAACUAUGAUUCGGAUUUCCAAAUUGUACCCAUAAAUACAAAUCAACCGCUUGAAAUCAAAUCCGAUAUUGGAGUCUUUAAAUUGUUAAUAAAUUUGAAAAAAUUUGAUGGAUCACAACCACAUUUAUCAAAUAGUUUAUAUAAUCAAGGAGACAAGACUUUUCUUAAUGGUGAGAAAUUAGACUUCAAUGAAAAAGAGUUGAAAGAAGAUGGACCUGAACCCAAUUUAAGAAUCAAUAUUGAAUUCACACCAAAGGAAGAUAUAAAAGGUGGAGAUCUUGUAUUUGGUAAUGACUUCACAUACUCAAUUAAAGAUUAUGUACCAACUACUUUAUUAAGCACUGGCUUAAAGUUAUUUAAUUGGUUUAUAAAUGAUACUGUUAAAGGAGAUAUUUAUAAUGCAAAACCAUAUCUUUACGGAUUAGCAUUGAAUAGUUUCAGUUAUAUUGGAAUAAAUCAAAAACCAAAGGAAGUUGUGGAUACCAAUGCAAAGCCUAUGAAUUUUAAGGAAAAUAUAGACAAAGUAAUAGAAAAUGGACCAACUACAUCGUCAGAAAGAAAGAAAUUUUUUAACACUAAAGAAAAAUGUGACCAAUUUACUUUCAAAAGUGGUACCAAUUAUGAUUUCCAAUUUGAUACUGAUUUUUUAAAAUUGUCAGAUUCAAAGUAUUUAGUAUCAAUUCCAAGAUUUGAUAUAGAUGUAAGUAAAUAUGCCAACGAUACAUUAAAUAAUGUAAACUGGGUUAUAAAAAAAGAUGGAUUUGACGGUGUUGGUUCAGGUACCUUAGGUUUGAUAAUAAAUUUUGCUUUAAGAACUGAAGAACAAAAAGAGGAAUAA